UAUAGAUUAUUUAUGACCAUACUUCUCCAGAACCCAAUAACGACAUUAUAUCUUUGUGUCUGUGUUGGUGUUUGUGUUUGAAAGUUUUGAGCUUUGAUCACCAAAUAUCUGGCUCCAAUGGUGUUGAAGACUUCAUUCAAAGGCUUGUUAUUCAUGACAUCAUGCACCUUGGUGGUUUUGAAAGUAACCUUGUUUUUCAUAACAUUUAUUCCUUUAACCUCAAAACUGACGAUACACGACCAUGAUGAUCACAAUUUUGAUAUAAAACCCCCGCUUGCUCAAUCUGCCAAAAGCUUUAAUCCUCACAUCUCAACUCAUCGACAACAUGAGGACGUUGCUCGGAUAUUGCCCCAAGAACAGCCGGCCUCCACCCACGUUGGUGGACUGCAGCCUGGAGAUGGCAAUGAUGGCGGAAAUUCACCGGAGGUGACUGGUCCUCCAUGGCAAAGAGGAAGUGGACAACGUCCCGUGGUAAAUACAAGUCAAGCGGUGGUGCAUGAGGGGGGUCAACUGUUAGCUGGAAGUUCUAACCCCUCAAAAACAGGAAGGGAUGUGAGUGACAUAGAGAUGUACCAUGACAAAGACAUCUUCUUUGAGAACUACAAACAAAUGAACAAAAGUUUAAAAAUCUACAUUUACCCACACCAAAAAACUGAUCCAUUCGCCAACGUCCUAUUGCCCGACACCCGCAAUUCACCAAGUGGCAACUACGCCAGCGAAAGCUUCUUCAAAAUCGCUCUCUCAGCGAGCCACUUCAUUACACAAGAUCCAUCCGAAGCAGACCUCUUUUUCUUGCCUUUUUCCAUUGCAAGUAUGAGACACGACAAAAGAAUCGGAGUCGAUGGCAUUAAAAACUUCAUCAAAGAUUAUAUUUCAACCAUCAGGCACGAGUACCCAUUUUGGAACCGGACAGGUGGUGCCGAUCAUUUCUAUGUUGCAUGUCAUUCUAUUGGAAGGACUGCAAUGGAUAAAGCACCCGAAGUUAGAAUCAACGCGAUUCAAGUUGUUUGUUCUUCAAGUUACUUUUUGCAAGGCUACAAUGCACACAAAGAUGCAUCAAUACCACAAAUAUGGCCAAGACCAGGCGUCACCCCUAUCCGACACCCGUCUGAAAGGGACAUGCUUGCGUUUUAUGCAGGGGCGAUGAAUUCGAGGGUGCGUGAAUCGUUGGUUAGGACAUGGAUGAAUGAUACGGAGAUUGAUGUUCAUAGAAAACGACUUAAAACGCCUUACUCGGAUUCACUACUUGGAAGCAAGUUUUGCAUUCAUGCGAAAGGGUUUGAAGUGAACACGGCUCGUGUAGGUGAUGCAAUCUAUUAUGGAUGUGUUCCUGUUGUGUUGGCGGAUCAUUAUGAACUACCAUUUGCGGAUAUUUUGGAUUGGAGUAGGUUGUCGGUUGUUGUUUCGACGGAAGAUAUUCCAUUUUUGAAGAGGAUACUCAAAGAGAUUGUUGAUUCUUAUGAGUAUGUGAAGUUGCAGAAGAAUGUGUUAAAGGUACAAAACCACUUUCAAUGGCAUCGAAAACCGGUAGAUUUUGAUACGUUUUAUAUGGUGAUGUAUGAGUUAUGGCUAAGGAGAAGUUCUAUUAGGAUUCAUUUAUUCAACGACAACGAGUGAUAUUUGAAAAAUACAGUGUAUUUGAAAUUUUUAAGAGACUAAUAAUUAAAUUGUUUUAAAUAGCCAAGUAGGAUCUUUCAAAA